AUGAAACCAGCGGUGGAUGAGAUGUUUCCGGAGGGCGCGGGGCCGUACGUUGAUCUGGACGAGGCUGGGGGAAGCACAGGACUGCUGAUGGACCUGGCUGCCAAUGAAAAGGCGGUUCACUCAGACUUCUUCAAUGGACCCCUAUUGGUUGGACGGACGGCGGCACAGGAGCCAAUCCCGGAGCGCCUGCCAGCAUGCCGGAGCCGUAGAGGGUUUAGACAGCUCAGACAACAACAGCGCAGCAAGCCGCCCCGCCCCCCUCAAGAAGCUCGAUCCAGAGAGCCGCUGGAUCCAGAGGUGAUCACAGGAGGUCAGAGCUGCAGCACCUUUGCAGAGUUUCUGGGGGCCGUUCCAGUGGAGCAGCACAAGGAGGAGGAAGUGUCUGAUGAUGUGAAGGCCGAGGCUAUGGAGAACCUGAAGACGCUGGUUCGCAACAGAAGGAACGUCCCCGUCCUCGCUGUGCCCCAGUUCAAACGUCUGCCGGACUUCUGGGGAUGGUACAAGUACUUCAUGGACAGCCACAACCAGGAGGGAGUUGAGGAUCUGGAUCGUCUCUACAUGGCCUACCUGCAGAACAAGCACAGGUCAGAGGAGGGCCCGACCUUCAACCACUACCUCAAGCACCUCAGUGAAAUCUACAAGGCUUGUGCCGACUCUGAUGAUCCAGAGUGCAUCUCUGAGUCCACCAGCAAACCAAAGGCUGCCGUGGUGAUGCCCGCCCCCAUCAAGUCUGCUGCUGUCAGACUGUGCAACCCUUACCUCGACCCCUACUGCCUCUACCCCCUCGUCCCCAAAGCCGCCGCCCCUGAGCCUGAGCCUGAGCCAGCUCCAGCUCCUGCCAAGGUGCCGGCCCCCAUCCUCACCCCCAUGCUGCCCAUGCCCAUGAAGAGCCCAUCUGGCUUCUACUACUACGCCCCCGUCCUGGAGCCCUUCCUCAGUGCUGCACAGAGGUCCGAACUGCUGAGAAUCUGCAACCCUGAGGAUGUGGAGUGUCUGCAGUAUCACCUGAGGGCAGCUUACGGUUACCGACCAGCCGUCGGGCCAGCCCCAUCCUAUGCCGCCCUCAAAUGUGAUCCUAAGGACCCCUACUGCAUGCCACCACUGGUCCACAAAGCCCCUACUGGUUUCUAUCACCUGCUGUACCCCACCUGUGACCCAGCAGUUGACCCUCUGUGUGUCACCAAUGUUGCUGCCCCCCUCGCUGCAGAGGAGGCCCCCAAAGAGCAACAGUGCAACCCUCUCUUUGACGCCGGCUGCAACCCCCUGACCGCCACCAAGCUGUCCGGCCUCACCAAACCUGUGCUGGAGUACCCCCUCAAGGACCAGCCCGCUCCUCCCGCCGCUCCUCUGACCUGCGACCCUCGCUACGACCCAUUCUGCAUACUGGCAGCUGCCGCUGCCCUUCGCAGGCCCGCCCCGCAGAUCCCCGAGCACCAGGUCCGCUACAAGCUUGGCGUCCGUGGCAAGACCAAGGAAGGCUACGACUGCUAUGUGCACUAUGACAAAGACUGCACCCCGGUGAAGUCUGCGGCCAAGGCCGACAUCAAGGCUCCAGCCAAACCUUUCUGCCACCCGUACGACCCCAACUGCGGCAAGUUUGCUUCACCCUCCAACCUCCAGGCCCAGGGGCCCAACAAGGAUGGCAUUAUCCUGCCCAACCCCGACUGUGACCCUGAGUACGACUACAACUGCCGCCUGCGUCGCGCAGAGCCCGCCACUGUUGCCGAUGAGCCCGCCGCUGCUGAGAAGGAGGCUGCUGAUGAGCCCGCCAAAGAGGCCACUGCCCUACGCUUUGAGGACUUCCUCAGGGGUGUCAUAAGCCAGCACAAGUAG